CUCGAGUUGUUCGGUCGUACCUGUGGAUAUAACUCGACCUAGAGCAUUACGAACUUCCACUGACGCUGGUGAUGCUGGAGCUCAGACAGCUACAAGCACAAGUUCAUGGGGCUGCGGCCAUCGUCUCUGGUCAAGCCUAAGAUAUCCAUGACAUGGGUGCUGAAAGGUGACCACUCCACCGAGCCGCUCAGACCGCCCUCUCAGACCAAGAAUAGGGAGCCUUCAGACGGGCCGAAGAACCCUGACUUGACGACCAUAGAUGGAGGACGACGCCGAGAGAAGAGAUCUCACCCCAGGAGGCCACGGCGGCCGAGGUCCAAGGCACACAACCCUUCCAGGUUUGGCUACGAGAUCACCGACGUUGAUGCCUUCCUCAGCAAGGCAUCCCUGGACAACCCAGGCAACAUCCCCGUUGUUUUGUCCUCGCCCUGUCUUCUCUACCAGACACGUCUGGGUGGACACCAGGAGGAACUCUCCCUGCCGCUGGGGAUGGUCGUCAACGCUGUAUUCAAAAACCAAGGAUGGCUAUACGUGCAGACACCUCACGGAGAGGAGGGUUAUGUCCGCUACGCCGCUUGCCUCCCCUUGGGUAUUUUACCACCAAGGACACCAGCGCCAUGCUGGGAGACACACACUGACAUUUUCCCCAUGCCACUAGGAAACCGCACGGACGUGGACAAGGUCCGCAGUGAGUGUGGCGGGGUGCGGACCAAGAAGCACGACGGACGAGACACGAUGUCGGCGUGUGGAGAGCGGAGUGUAGACAAGCUGUAUCUCCGAGCAACGUCUGCAAGAGCGAGGGCGGGGGCUGCCGCUACCACCAGACAUACGCUUUUAGUUUGCAGUAGUGACUAUGAGGCGCGCGGACGCAGCACACUGACCGUCUCUAAGGGAGACGUCGUGGCCCUUAUCAGCGGACAUGUCAAGGACUGGUUCUACGUCAAAGAUAGACAGGGCCAGGAAGGGUUCAUCCCUGCAGCAGUCGCCGGCCACGGGUUCCUAUGAGUAGGAAAGAAAUGUCGAAUCUAGGACAAGUAGUAUGUUCAUUCUGGGACAUAGUACGACAAUGAUAUUCUUAGUCAAGCCUUGUACGUUACUUUCAACUUAAAAUUGACAUGUAUAUAGAGAUUAAGCUGUAAAUUAGUGACUGUAUUUAAAAUAAUUUCUUGAAAUGUUAUUGUUAGCUCUUGUUUAGAAACAAGAUUUUAAAAAUAAUAAGUUUUCGGUCAAAUAGCUACUCGUUUACAGAACAUAUUACCAUUAUAGUCAUAAACAUAUCUUUAUAAGUCUGGUGAUUAAAAUAUACUAGUGAACCUGUGCGGCUCAAUGCCCCGCAAAAUAACAUAUGAAUUUAGAAAACAAAUUCAUCGUGUUAUAUAUUUGUAUCGAAUUUACUCGACGUCGAAAAUUAAAUACAGUAAUAAUAAAGCCUUAGAAGGGAAGCAGUCCAGCCAUUUUCUAGCUGUAUGUGUAUUACAUUUAGUAAAUUAAUAAGUGUUCAAGUUCAAGUGUGUUCCUAGUUAUUUUUUAAAGAUUUUUAAAACACAUUUAACAAAACAUUUGAUCAUAUCAAACCAAUAGGCCUAUGAAGCAUAUUUUGAGGGUAUUACAAUGCUGUUUGAAGAAUAUACUUUAAAAAUAAACACUAAAAAAACAAUAUGUUAAUCACAAAAGCACUUCCACGAAUACUACGAUUUUAGUCUUAAAGUUGCCUUCAGGAAGAUUACCCUGGUCAGAAUUUUCCGUAAUGAAUAUGUUUUUGCCAAAGAUAACAUAAAUUAGCAUUUUUCCAUUUUAAAAGGUAACUUAAGUUUGUUUCAGACGGGCACAUUUUUAUCCUCGAAAUCAAAAUAUGUCCCCACUUACUUGUCCCAGUUAAGACUUUACAUUCUAUUAAGUUGUUAACCAUUCUGAUCACAUGAAGCCUUGUGCCAUUAAAAUGAGGACCAUUUUUAUGUAUUAAUAUUCCACAUCAAUAAAACCACUGCCCCAUUUUAUUAGUCUAAUCUGUGUCUUGGCAAUCCACUGACCUCUAUAUUUAAAAACUCAGUUGGAUUUCUAGAUGGGUGUCUCCGCCUUCGUCUGUUUUCGAGGACCCACUCUUCUUCCUCUUGGCAUACUGACAAAUUACCUAACUUGUCAAGUUCAUGUACUAAUUCAUUAAUACUGUUAGUUUAUAAAGAAAAUUAGAUAAAAGUUACUUGGCUCGGUGCUUUCAUAACUGCAAACUCAAAAUACACCCAGAAGUAAAAAAGACUCAAGUUAUUGGUUAAAAAAACUAUGUUUGUGUAACAACAUUAUUCACAUGAAGUAGAUGAUUUUUUUAUUUGUCAAUCAGCUGUUUUGUUUAAAAUGAUUUAAUAAUGUCAAAGAUUUGUGAUUUUAAAUAUAUAAAUUAUUAUAGUAAAGUUUUCUAAAUCAUGGUAACUUAUUCUCAACUAAAUUUGACUAUUCCCAGCAUUAAAAUAAAGUAGGGCAUAUUAAGACCCAUUAUGGGUAAACUUUUAAGGUACACAAUCCUUGAUUGAAAUGUAGUAUACAUUAACAGUCAUAACACACAGCAAUUAUUUUAGUAGACUUUGACUAUUUUCAAGUAACAAACAUAUGUUUCUGUAAAUAAAAAUCAUCUUCCAUGUUAUCCUUAUGGAGAAAUAUGAAACUUUAAAGGGCCCCAGGGCCUCACUCUCUAAUUAUUUCCUUAAAAAAAGAGUUUCCUGCACAACUUCACGUUACGCUCUUUCCAAUGACACCAAAAACAUGACAAUCGGUUCAGUAGUUUCGGAGGAGUAAUUGUCACAAAAAAUCUGCUUGCGUAUUAAAUAAGUACUAGUGGUCGUCCUGUGGUCGAAACUCGACCAAAAAUAAUUAAUGUACAGACUUCUCUAUUUUCUCCCCACACUGUAAAUAACACAUGUGAUUUGAAUUUCUUCCAUUUGUUUUGAUUUUCUGUUUACAUUUUGUUGUUAUUUCGUCACCAUCAUGGCAACCCAUAUGCUCCAUGUUAAUUUUUUGAAGUUUUCAAAUUAAUUUUUUGUGCUUAUUUGUUAGCCUAUUUUAAUAUUUAGAGGCAUUCUGCACAUCUACAGGAAAAUAUCUUUCCAACAGUAUCCGUAGAUUUUUUCUGCGAUGCACACGACCUGAGAAAAAAGGUUUUAAAGAAACAUGCUUGCCUAUUAAUAUAUAGAUAGAUAGAUUAUUAAAUUAUUUAGACUCACAUUUUAACAAAAACAUGGCGAAAUUGUAUUGUAUUCUCAUCUUUGUUUUAAUCAACCGAUGUGUUAAAGAUGUCAAUGAGAAUAGCUUUUAGUUUUAGACAACAGUGUGUUCUAGCUUAUUCUGUAAAUCGCCUAAAUUACCUUCAAUAAUUAUUUAGCAUAACGCAUAAUGUGAAUAAUAUUUUGUACAGGUAUUAAUUUAUAAACUUAUUUUUACUUGUCAUCUGUAUGUUUAUAUUGAUGUGUAUGAGUAGAAUAACAAUUACUGUAUUGAUAUUUCAACAACGAAGAAAAGAUGUACUGUAAUAUGAUAAUAAACCAGGUUUCCUCUA